CCCAAGCAGAAAGGACCUGUCCCGUUUGGGCUGCGGCAGAUGAAAAAUAAAGCACACCGGCUACCAACGUCAAAUCAGUCCGUGGAAAGCGACGUCAUAAACGACGAAUCCAGGCAGGCUGUUUGUCAAGUUAGUCAGUCAGUCAGUCAGUUAGGCGAUCGUUUGGUUCGUUAUCGCGUCAGUUCUAUCGGUACUGCCGUUUCGCGUAGUAGAACUAGGUAAAUCACGCGGCUUUUGGUGCAAGUGAAUCCUAACUAGUGAGGAAAUAUCCGGUAUGAAAUGAGGCGAAAAUAUUAGUUUUUCCACGCUUGAAUGCAGGGCACAGGAAAACGAAAGAAUCGCAAGUGGUUGGUGAUGUGACGUGUGUGUGCGUGAUGUGGAUGGAUUACGAGAGAAACGCUGAUCCAACCUUCGUUACAUGAGGUUUUGAUGGGGGGAAAGUUUCCCGCGCGAAGAAUGCAUCGAUACCAACAGGUAUGGUUGCGACCGACAGGGAAAAAAGUGCAAUCCAAUAAGAGUGGCUAAAUUUUUCAUCAGUGACAGUAAUUGGAAGACGAGCACGAAAUUUUCGUGGUGAAAUUCGAUUAAAUAAGCACGUGCCCAAUUAGCCCGUGUGUGUCCCUGCCCUGACGGGGUGAGGCGUGAUUCUAAUGGAUGCGAUUAUUUGGUGCCGAAAGAAGAGUGCUGACAUCGAUGUUCGAUAGUGAAAACCUGUUGAAAUGGAAAGAGAAUUCCGCCAAAAUCGAUUCGUUUUUGCGACCUCCAGCGAUACCGAGCAAUAAAUACCUACCAGUGGAGCACAUUCUAGCAAUCGAUCCUCGCGCUCUGCCAACCUUCCAGAGAGGUUGAAUCAUGAGGAAACAAGUGUAAUAUUAUGCAUGCGGGGGCGAGCAAAUAGUGAACACAAGUGUUAAAGGUAGAGACAGCAGCAGCAGAGUGAGUGCUACAGAGCGAGAGAGAGAAAGAAAACAACAAAAUUAAUUAAAAAAAAAGUCACUUCGCCGGGACCGGCCCAGGCGCACGAAAGCUAACCCAUUUCACAAAAGUUCCACAUCGAAACGAGCCCAUUUCGUCACGGGCUGCCUGUGCGGCUCGUCUGAAAGCGGGGUCUUUCCGGAGCGAGCUGCCGCCGUCACCUGUGUCGUGGCGUCGCUGCCACCUGUAGUGUCGCGGUGCGGUGCGGUUAAACAAGGAAGUGAGGAAUCGCGUUAGCAGUGAAAUCUCCGCAGAACCAUAAUGUAUCCGUAUUACGAGACGGAGUGGAGCAUUCUGCCCCCGGAGCAUAAUCGAAGAUAUAGCCCUGGCCUGACAAUCAACAACAUCAAACAAGUGAUCAAUGAAACUAUAGAAACUAAUAUUCUAAGAAAGCCUUCACCGACGCGCCUCCGCGAGCUGAUCCGACAGAUACGAGCGGCCCGCACGGCAGCCGAGGAGCGCACCGUGGUCAACACAGAAUGUGCCUACAUCCGCAGUACCUUCCGGGAGACGGAUUGCAUAUGGAAAUGUCGCAACAUGGCCAAGUUGCUCUACAUUCACAUGCUCGGCUAUCCAGCUCACUUCGGACAGAUGGAAGCGCUGAAGUUAGCGGCUAGUCCAAAGUACUCAGACAAACGGAUAGGAUACCUAUCGGCGAUGUUACUGCUGGACGAACGACAGGACAUUCACGUUCUACUGACUAAUUGUUUGAAGAAUGACCUGAACAGUUCCACGCAGUUCAUUGUGGGUACAGCCCUGUGCACCCUGGCAGCCAUAGCCUCCCCGGAGAUGGCCCGUGAUCUGACGCACGAAAUCGAACGUCUAAUCGCAUCCUCGAACACCUUUCUACGCAAGAAAGCAAUCCUCUGUGCCUUCCGAAUGAUUCGUCGAGUGCCUGAACUAAUGGAAGAGUACCUGCCCAGAUGUGCGCAAUUUCUACACGACAAAAACCACGGGAUCCUCGUAUCGACGGUCACCCUAAUAACGGAGAUGUGCGAGCAAAGUCCGUUCGCAACGAGCUUCUUCAGAUCUUCGAUUCCGACGUUGGUGCGGAUGCUGAAAACCCUAACCGUUAGCGGAUAUUCGCCGGAACACGUCGUUAACGGAGUCAGUGAUCCUUUCCUGCAGGUCAAACUAUUACGUCUGUUGCGAAUUCUGGGUCAUGGCGAUUCGGAUCAAUCGGAAACGAUGAACGAUGUGCUUGCUCAGGUGGCCACCAAUACCGAGACGAACAAAAAUGCCGGCAAUGCGAUUCUGUACGAGACGGUGCUGACCAUCAUGAAUGUGGAAUCCGAGAAUAGUCUUCGCGUCCUAGCGGUCAACAUUCUCGGCCGUUUCCUGCUCAACAGUGAUAAAAACAUCCGCUACGUAGGACUGUUGACGCUGGUUAAGACGGUCCAGCGGGACAUGACUGCCGUUCAGCGGCAUCGUAUCACCAUCCUCGAGUGCCUUACCGAUUCGGACAGUUCGAUCCAGAAAUGUGCCAUGGGACUGUCUUUCACGCUGAUCAAUUCGCAGAAUAUCGAAAUGAUUGUGCGGGAACUGCUCAAGUACCUCGAAACGGCCGAUCCGGAAAUGAAGAGCGUCUGCAGUAGUAAGAUCGUCAGCGCGGCCGAACAGUAUUCACCCUCGAUCCAUUGGCAUCUGGACGUGCUGUUGAAAAUACUGACAGUUGCGGGAAAUAAUAUCAGAGAUGACGUAAUCGCGUCUACGAUCCAGCUCAUAUCAAACAGCCCCAAGGAAGAACAGUGCUUUAUCAGUGGCAAGAUGUUGGAGUCAAUUAGCAACAUGAAUCAGUUGGAGAAUCGACAACCGUUGGUUCAAGUAGCAGUUUGGACAUUGGGCGAGUACGGAGAGACUGGCGAUUUCGAUGGUAGCCGAUUUGUUAUGUCUGUACAAUCGACAAUUACAAUUUUUUUAAUUGCAGAAAAUGAACUCAUUGACCACUAUCGGCAGCUACUAUGGGCGCCUCAUCUAUCCAUCACCACCAAGCAGUACAUUCUGGUGUCGUUGGCCAAACUGAGCGUUCGGAUGGAACAUUGCACGGCCAAUAUCCAAAACAUCAUCAACGCAUUCCGGACACAUUUAAACAUCGACCUCCAGCAACGGGCCGUGGAGUUUAGUCAACUGUUCACCAGCUUCAGCCAUCUGAGGGCCUCCCUGCUGGAGAAGAUGCCAACAAUGAAAAUAUCAGACAUGCCUACAUCCGAGUACAACGCUGACUUCACCGUGGAACAAAAGAUAGCAACGCAACGUGAAGAAACUGUACCGCUCAAAGAUUUCUCGAACCAAGACAUUCUGCUGAACUUGUUAGGGGAUUCAUUUGGGAGUGGUUCAUCGACAACCAACACAACUACCCCGAGUCCCUUACAAUUAUCAACACCCAUCGGUGCUCCCCCAGCACCGAACAUCGACCUCAUGGAUCUGCUAGGAUUGGGAAUGGGGGAAAAUGGAACAUCCCCAAGUCCAGCAAAGCUUUACAGUCCGGUGGAGUACUCUGCGACGACAAUUCCCGUGUACAGUAGAGACAACAUCGACAUCAAGUUCAUCGUUCGAAAGGAGUUCGACCAGGCAGUCGUAACUGUGAAAACGACCAACAAUUCGCUUAAUAUGUUGGAUAAGUACAUGUUUCAGGUCGCUGUCCCGAAGGCCUUCUCCAUACAAAUGAUGGAACCAUCCAGCACGGCAAUGCUCCCGGGGGAAUCACUUGUGCAAGAUAUCAUCGUUAAUCGGUCCUCUUCUGCGGUUACGAGUCCUCUCCGGAUGAAAGUUCGCUUUUCGUACGAGAUCGGGAACUACUCGAUGGUGGAGCAAACGGAUGUUAAUGAUUUUCCUCCGGAUUUGUUUACUUGAUGCCUGAUUUGAUAAAACCUACCACAUUGAUCGGAAUUGAUUGCUCAACAUAAAAAACUAAAAAUAUCCGAACCUAACCACAAGACAACAGGGCACAAAGCUAGAACAUAUUUUUAAUGGUGAUCACAAUUGAAAGAAAUGAUUACGGAUACUUUUAGUCAAUCAGGUUUUAGCUCAAUCAAAUUCUACAUAUCUGUUUCAUCUUUUUAUGUAUUGUACGAUAAAAUCGCUGAAAGUUUUGCGAACUAA